AUGCCUUCAGAAGAACAUAAAAUUAUCCUUACAGCUGAUAAAAUACCUGCAGGACAACAUGAACGUCGUUACAAUUUACCGACAUCAAAAGAAGUAGCUGUGAUUAUCAGUGGAAACAAAUACAAUAAUCGUGAUAUAAUAUUAGAGAAACGUAAUCAAGAAUUAAAAACUAUUUCUGAAACCCAUAAAUCAUAUGAUGCAUUACAAUAUCCUUUAAUAUUUUGGCAAGGGGAAGACGGAUAUCAUUUUGAAUUGAAAGAAAUAAAUCCACAAACUGGGGCAUUAACAUUAAAAAGGUGGGCAAGUGGGUGUCGCUCUGCUGUACAGUAG